AUGUUCUGCAAAACGUGGGUCAUGUCGGCGCUGUGCGCUGUCGCCCUGUCCGCUCCAACCCUCACCUACAAUCCCGGGGCCGUUGAACGACCUGUCGAAAUGCAAAUCUUGUCAGAGUAUUUUCAGAUGUUAGGAGAUAAGGUGCAGGCUGGAAGGAGCAUGUCAGAAGCACCUGUGUGCAAUAUGAACAACGCAGUUUUACCAGUUGCCUCACCAACACCUCUUCCUCCCCCAUCCGCUGGACUAAGCCUCAAGCACGUCGCCAUCGGUCGAGGCACACAGAACUACUCCUGCGCAACCGGCAACCAAACCGCAGCCCCAGUAGCUCUCGGUGCCUUGGCAACUCUCUACAACGCAACCUGCAUCGCAUCCACUUACCCCGAUCUCCUCUCUAUUCUCCCCAACGUCGCUUUACAAUUCAACCUCACCUCCCCCGACCAAGCUUCCCUCUCUCCAUCCAACCUCGCCAUCUCAGGCCACCACUUCUUCUCCAAUACUACCACCCCAGACUUCAAUUUAAACACGACAGCUAUGGACUUGGGAUUCGCGCCUUGCUCUAAGAACAACACUGUCGCUGCGCCUACAGGAGCACCAAAGGGCCAAGGAGGCGUAGGAAACGGAGCCGUCGCUUGGUUGAAAUUGGUCACAAGAGAUGGAGCUACUGGCGGUCUCGAAGAAAUCUACCGCGUCAAUACCGCAGGUGGAAAUCAACCCGCUACAUGCGCCGGGAUGCCGACUACGUUCGAGGUCCAAUACGCUGCUGAGUAUGUCUUUCCUCCUUUUCAUUUGAAACUAUUACAGUAGUUAACAAUUUGUUUCAGGUAUUGGUUCUUCCAGAAAUGAAAAGUCCGCGAGUUCGCAAUUUACAGUCUGCAUUUCCGGAGCAGGGACAGAUAGAAAGGAUAGGACAGGACAGGACAGGACAGGGAUGAAAGGAUGAAAGGAUGAAAAGCUUCACUUCACUUCAUACAACGCCCUAAAAGCCCACA